GUCAUGUGGAGCCGACUGCUGGGACGAAAAAGCUCUUCGCAGAGUCCAAAGUAGUGCAGUCUUCUCUGUAAACAUGAUCUCCGUAUCUUGCAUCUUGGCGCUCGGAUUGUUUUCGUCUGCACUGGGCACAAAGUUCCACGAGGGAGAAAAGGUCUCGGGUCUGAGGAGGCUGCAGCGCGGGUUAGGCGGUGAUGAGGAGCGACGAAGUUUAGAGAAGUCGGAGCUCUCGAAACGCAGCGCAGGACUUAAUGAACAGACAUGCACAGCUCUGGCCGGAGUAGAGUCAACCCUGCACAACAACACCCACUCUUUCACCUUCAAAGUGAGGACCAUGGGUUCACUGUCACUGGCCUGGGUGGGAGAUGGAUCCGGGGUGCUGCUGGUGUUGACGACAUUUCAGGUGCCGUUGUUCAUGAUGCGUUUCGGCCAGUCCAACCUCUACAGGAGUGAAGACUAUGGGAAGACGUUCAAAGAUGUGACUCACCUGAUCAACCACACCUUCAUCCAGAGUGAGUUUGGCAUCGCCAUCAGUCCCGACCACUCUGGCAAGGUGAUGCUCACUGGUGACGUGUCAGAAAUCGGGGGCUUUAAACUGUUUCGCUCACAGGACUUUGGCGUGACCUUUGAUCCAACUGACCUGCCGUUUGAGCCUCUCAUUCAGAUGCUGUACAACCCGGGAGACUGCAACGUACUGCUGACGCUCAGUAUCACGUUGGACCUGUGGCUGUCUGAGGACUUUGGUGCCACCUGGAGGAAGAUCCAUGACGGUGUUUGUUUGGUCAGAUGGGGUCCAAAAAACAGCAUCUACUUUACAACAAACUACAAUGCAUCAUGCAGUGAUAAAGGAAUGCUGGAGUUAAGGAAGACGGCAGACUACGGUCAAAGUUUUCAGACCAUCGCAACAAGAGUUUACUCCUUUGUGCUGGGAGGUCGCUUUGUUUUUGCCUCCAUCAUGACUGGCACGGGUACAGAGCGUAUGAUCCACGUGUCAGUAGAUGGAGGUGAGGUGUGGAACAUGGCUCAGCUCCCUACAGUCAACCACGAGCAGUUCUACUCCAUCCUGGCAGCCAAUCAGGACAUGAUAUUCAUGCACGUGGACAACCCUGGAGACUCCGGUGGUGGAACCAUCUAUGUGUCUGAUGACAGAGGAGCCGUGUUCUCCAAGUCUCUGGAGCGCCAUCUUUACACGACCAUAGGGAGCGACACCGACUUCACCGCCAUCACGUCACUCAGGGGCGUCUACAUGACCAGCGUUCUCACAGAAGAUGGUGCAAUGGAGACAGUGAUCACCUUCGACCAAGGAGCAAAAUGGCAGACGCUGCGCAGACCACAGAACAGCCACUGUGACACCGAGACCUCUACCAACAGGCCUAACAGAUGCAGACUUCACAUCCACGCCUCCUACAGCACCUCCAUGAAGAUGAACGUCCCCAUGCUGCCUCUCUCACAGCCCAGUGCUGUGGGCCUCAUUCUGGCUCAUGGCAGCGUCGGAGACGCAGAGUCGGCUCUCUCUCCUGACGUGUACGUGUCUGACGACGGGGGCUACUCGUGGCUGUUGGCUCUCAGGGGCCCCCACCAUUACGCUAUACUGGACUCUGGAGGGCUGCUGGUGGCUGUGGAGCACACCAACUCACCUGUCAACCAGAUCAAGUUUUCAACAGACGAGGGGCAGUGCUGGCAUACGUAUAACUUCACCAGCGACCCACUUCACUUCAGCGGUAUGGACAGUGAGCCCGGCUCUCGCUCCAUGAACGUUAGCCUGUGGGGCUACAGGAACGACUUCAGUAAAUGGGUGGUGAUCACCAUAGACGUCAGGAAGCUCCUCACCAGAGACUGUACUGAAGGGGACUAUGUCCAGUGGCUGGCUCACUCUACAGACCCCAGUGGAUCUAAUGAUGGCUGUGUGCUGGGCUAUAAAGAGACCUUCUUACGCCCGAGGAAAGACUCUGUCUGCUGGAACGGGAGGGAAUAUGCCGUCACUACGAAGCUGUCCCCCUGUACAUGUACAAUGGACGACUAUCACUGUGACUUUGGAUAUCACCGGCCAGAGAACAGCUCAGAGUGCAUGGAGCAAGAGGAGAUGAAGGGUCAUCCUCUGCAGUUCUGCUUGAAUGGGACCACCGAACAGCUUCAAACCAGCGGCUAUCGGAAGAUUCCAGGAGACCAGUGUGAAGGAGGUUUUCAGCCAGACAGGAAGGAGACAGACCUGAGGAGGAUGUGCACCAGCAACGCCCUUUAUCCAAAUUCUCUGACGGAGAACAGUUCACCGAACACCGCUGUCAUAGUGAUGGUUGUCAUAGCGAUGCUUCUGACCAGCGCUGUUGCAGGCGUUUGGCUGGUUAAGAAAUAUGUCUGCGGAGGACGGUUCCUUGUGCACAGAUACUCUGUCAUGAGGGAACAUGUUGAGGCUGAUAAAAUAGAGGGAGUCGAUGACAUCGAUGCUCACUACAUGGAGACAGGAAAAGCACAGUACAACGAAGACUCGGAUCAGGACCUCUUAGAAUAAGGUGGACGUUUGUCCUCUCAAAGGCUCUACAUUGAACGCAGUCUUUCAUGAUGCCCGGGGACUCCUGUUGCUCCCACAUGCUGAUUAACAUCUGCUUCUCACUUCUUGCUAUCCCCUGGUGGCUGGAGGACUCAACAGCAACUCACAUUGCUUCCUUGUAGCAAGUUGAGUCUCCCACAAAAAGGCGAACCGGUGGUUUGGGGAGGGGGACAAACCCAGCGCGAACAGAAGAAAGCCUCUGGGGUCCCUGGAGAGCUUUUGUUGUUUCUGUCACAAAGAGUCCUGUAAAGACCACUGAGUCUAAAUACGUGCUCUGUAUGUUUCCUCUCAUGCUGACCUGAGAAGAUAUGGCCUUUCAUAUUGUGAUGAACUGCAGAAGCACAUUAGAGAGGCUAGAUGUAUAGACGCUUGCAGAAAGUUUUAUAUAAUAAUAAUAAGAGUUGGGGAACAUCCAAGCAACAGAACACAGACAAAUAUUAAUCAGUAUAUUAUCUCUGCUGUCAGUUAAGUAGUUUUUGUACUCAGUAAAUUCAAAACCAGUUGUGCAUGGCGGCCAUUUUGACAUUUAUUUUGUCAGCUUCCCCAGUGACUAAAAUUUGGCACUAACAUUUUUUUAGAGACGAGGCUACUCUAUGAGUUACCUGUUAGUCACAACUUAUUUAGAAGUGAUCACAGCGGCUACUAAGAGCAGCAGUGUUAGGGUUAGGGUUGUUUUUGUUUUUACCGUACACAUUAUAUACUUUUUUUCGCAGUUGAAAUUGACCAGAAUUUUAAUCAAAUGAUGAACUUCAGAUAUGAACCUUUCAGUACACUAUUAUGGCUUUUUGUACUUAACAGAAAUUACUUUUUAAUUAGUUCUUUUGUGUUUCACACCACUUUUAAAAGUAGUAGAUAAAAUAUAAUCAUGACUAAUAUUUUAUUAGUCAAAAGUUGUUAUUCGUACAUAUGUCAUAAUUUUUGUUAUCAUCUUUUUAUUUAUUAUGAAUUGGUUUAAAUUUGUAGAUGAGCAAACUAAAAUGUAAUUGUAAUCAGAACAUAGAAAUUAGUGCAAGUGCUGCACUUACCAGAUAGUAAAAGCCAAAUGAGUGACUGCUACUCCUUGCUUUAGAAGAACUUGUAAUUAUAUCAGCUGCAAGAUGAACUAUGUCGACUAAGAAUAAAACAAGUUCAUUUUUAGUACCUAUUGAGACUUUUGGAAUAAAUGUUGAAAGGGCCUGCUAUUGUUGUGAAGACAUAACAACAAACACUUUUUUAAUACAGUGCAGCUUUAUACAAGCAGUAUCUUCUCUGUGUGGUGAACAUGAAAGACUUGAAUUAUUGCCAAAGCACUUUUAUUGUUUAGUUCUCUUAUUGUAGAGGUGAAAUCUAACCUUAGCCCAGCAUUAUAUAUGAAGUAUGGUAAUGUAACCCAAACCCUUUACUUGAACUUUAUGAUUUUUAUUUUUUAGCUUAACAAGGUGCACCAAUAUAUUGAUGUUCUUGUGUUUAUAUUUUAUUCAUUUUUUUUUAUUUGGCUGAUAUUUCCCCAUAUCAGUCAAUACCAAUAUGCAUUUGUCUAACUAUCUUAAUGCAGGUUCAGGCGUAAUCAUCAAGAUAAUCAAGUGUUUUUAGAGACCAUGCUGGCCUGACCUGUUACUAAUAUGACAGCAGAAAAACAGUCACAACAUGCUGUUUGUACGGCUUCAUAUUAGCAGUAUGAACAUUUUCAGAAUUAUACUGAAACUGCUUUUUUAAAGCUACAAUUAGUCUUUUGUAUAUUUUGGUGCAUCCCAAUUUAAUAAUCACAGAUGUUACAAAACAUCAAACAACAACUAAUUUAUCAGAUUAACGUGUCUGGUGGCCAUAACGAGCAUUAACUUUAUUAAGUUAAUUGAGUUACAUAUUUCUUCCAAUAGACACUUCACUGUUUUAUAUGAACUGUUGAGAUGUUGGCUGGCUACCAUUUCUUUUAUCUGCAAUGUAAGAACUGUAACUUUUGACACGUGCAGGUCUUUUGGCCAAUGCUUGUAUUCUUCAGCAGACUGAGUAAUAUCCCAGCGAAUAAGCUAUUGUAAUAAGCUGGCCUGAUAUAGAGGCAUAUUUUCAAGGACUGUUGGCUGGACUUUGUCAGAUAUGAAAGCAAAUUAAUAUGCUUGAUGCUUCUUUGUUACACAACUGUCAGUAAGAACAAACCCAGCUAUAUACUUCAGAUAUCAUACUUUAAAUUAUAGAUUUAAUGAUUUAUUUUUGCACUGUAUCUACAGAUCUGUGAAAAGUUGCAUUUGCGCUUCCUUGUACAUCAAAUGUUUGUAAAGUGUUCGGGCCGUGAGUUGUGAUCUUCAUUCCAUUUUGUUUUCUUGACCGUUUGCUAGAAUAUCAGAGAUGAGUAUCUCUGAAUUAAACUAUUCUGUAGCACAAA